UUUUUCACCUGGAUUCGUGAUUUUACCAUGCGAAGGAAUACAGUAAAAUGCUCUGUCUAAAACUCAGGGAGAAGCGAGAAAUGGAAAACGAAAAUCAUGCAAUAGCUCCAACGCCACAGUGGAGCUGUAACAGGUCGAAGCCCUCCCCAAGGAAAGCCCAAGAUGGCCGAGCCCGGCACCCAGAGAAGCUACAGGAGACCGGUCCCCGCGCCCUAAGCCCGCACGGGGGACAUGAAGUGCCGAGCCACGCCCCCUUACAUCACCGACAUACGUAAUCUCGCUCUCCCGAAAACGUGCCGCAGGGAGCAGGCCCCGCCCCACGGAGAGAGGGGCGGUCCGCCCUGGACGUGAAGCACGCCGGGACGCCUCUCGAGCCUCCCGGCAGCCUCUGCGACGGGCGUGGUGCGUAAGGAGCUGACCAGCGGUGGCCGUUCUCCGUAAGAUGGCGGACCGGCGUCGGCAGCGCGCUUCCCAGGACACUGAGGACGAAGAAUCCGGUGCUUCGGGUUCCGACAGCGGCUCUCCGGCGCGGGGCGGCGGCAGCUGCAGCGGGAGCGCCGGGGGCGGCGGUAGUGGCUCGCUGCCUUCUCAGCGCGGCGGCCGCGGCGGGGGCCUUCACCUGCGGCGGGUGGAGAGCGGGGGCGUCAAGAGCGCCGAGGAGUCGGAGUGUGAGAGUGAAGAUGGCAUGGAAGGCGAUGCUGUUCUUUCCGAUUAUGAAAGUGCAGAAGAUUCAGAAGGUGAAGAAGGAGAAUACAGUGAAGAGGAAAACUCCAAAGUGGAGUUGAAAUCCGAGGCUAAUGAUGCUGCUGAUUCCUCAGCAAAAGAGAAGGGAGAAGAAAAGCCUGAUACUAAAGGCACUGUGACCGGAGAGAGGCAAAGUGGGGAUGGACAGGAGAGCACAGAGCCUGUCGAGAACAAAGUGGGUAAAAAAGGCCCUAAGCAUUUGGAUGAUGAUGAGGAUCGGAAAAAUCCAGCAUAUAUACCCAGGAAAGGGCUCUUCUUCGAGCAUGAUCUUCGAGGACAGACUCAGGAAGAGGAAGUUCGACCCAAAGGACGUCAGCGAAAGCUGUGGAAGGAUGAGGGUCGCUGGGAGCAUGAUAAGUUCCGUGAAGAUGAACAGGCCCCAAAGUCCCGACAGGAGCUCAUUGCUCUUUAUGGCUAUGAUAUUCGAUCCGCUCACAAUCCCGAUGACAUCAAACCCCGAAGAAUCCGGAAACCUCGAUUUGGAAGUCCUCCACAAAGAGAUCCAAACUGGAUUGGUGAUCGAUCAAACAAGUCCCAUCGCCACCAGGGUCCUGGGGGCACCCUACCACCAAGGACAUUUAUUAACAGGAAUGCAGCAGGUACUGGCCGCAUGUCUGCAUCCAGGAAUUAUUCUCGAUCUGGGGGCUUCAAGGAAGGUCGUACUGGUUUUAGGCCUGUGGAGGUUGGUGGGCAGCAUGGUGGCCGGUCUGGUGAAACUCAUAAGCAUGAAGCUAAUUACCGGUCACGGCGUCUGGAGCAGACUCCUAUGAGGGAUCCAUCUCCAGAACCAGAUGCUCCAUUGCUUGGCAGUCCCGAGAAAGAAGAGGCGGCCUCAGAGACACCAGCUACUGUUCCUGACACUGUACCACCAGCUCCUGACAGGCCCAUUGAGAAGAAAUCCUAUUCCCGGGCAAGAAGGACCCGGACCAAAGUUGGGGAUGCAGUCAAAGCUGCUGAGGAGGUUCCUCCUCCAUCUGAAGGGCUUACUUCAGCAGCCACAAUCCCAGAAACAACUCCACCUCCAGCUGCUAAGACUGGGAACUGGGAGGCUCCAGUAGUAGAUUCUACCACAGGUGGACUGGAGCAAGAUGUGGCACAGCUCAAUAUAGCAGAACAGAACUGGAGUCCAGGACAGCCUUCGUUUCUCCAGCCACGGGAGCUUCGAGGUAUGCCCAACCACAUCCAUAUGGGAGCAGGACCUCCACCUCAAUUUAACCGGAUUGAAGAAAUGGGUGUCCAGGGUGGUCGAGCUAAACGUUACUCAUCCCAGCGGCAGAGACCUGUGCCAGAGCCCCCUGCUCCUCCUGUGCAUAUCAGUAUCAUGGAGGGACAUUACUAUGAUCCAUUGCAGUUCCAGGGACCAAUCUAUACCCAUGGUGACAGCCCUGCCCCACUGCCUCCCCAGGGCAUGAUUGUACAACCAGAAAUGCACCUUCCUCACCCAGGUUUACAUCCCCAUCAGUCACCAGCACCUCUGCCCAAUCCGGGUCUCUACCCACCACCAGUGUCCAUGUCUCCAGGACAACCACCACCCCAGCAGUUGCUUGCUCCUACUUACUUUUCUGCUCCAGGUGUCAUGAAUUUUGGUAACCCCAGUUACCCUUAUGCUCCAGGAGCAUUACCUCCUCCACCUCCUCAUCUGUAUCCUAACACACAGGCUCCAUCGCAGGUGUAUGGAGGAGUGACCUACUAUAACCCUGCCCAGCAGCAGGUGCAGCCAAAACCCUCCCCACCCCGGAGGACUCCCCAGCCAGUCUCCAUCAAGCCCCCUCCACCUGAGGUUGUAAGCAGGGGUUCCAGUUAAUACUGAGUUUGCAAAUAUUUUAAGUGUAACAUCAUGUGAAAAACAGGAAAGGUGAAAACUUGGGGGAGAUGAGAAAUGUGGGGUGACCCUGCCAGCCGAGCACGAGAGGCCCUCUUCCUCUGAGGACAGGCCUGCUAGAGAGAGAAGAAACCUCCACUCUUCACUUGAGCUGCCUGGACUCAUAGGAGCAGAGACUGGACAGCCCAGGCUUCAGAGUCAAGAUUCCUGCAGAGUCAGAAGCCUGCAUCUCACUGUUGUUUACUUUCUCCCCGGAAAUUCAAGUGUCUUCUGCUCCCAGGGAAGUUCCUUCCUGCUUAUUUGUUUGAAUGUUCAUUUUUAAAGCCUGACUUACC